AUGUCUGCACCUCCAAUCACACAAGAGGGGGCCAACAAUAGACCCAGUCACCGCAAUGGAUCUAGGGACAUCUCUGCCAGUACCGAAGAGCCCCAGUUCUCUAGUCUAUACGCGGAGAGAACGGAGCAAACGGUCCUCGAAGAACUGAGGAGAAUUAAAGCCCAGUUGAAGGAACUCAGCCUGAGACUUCCCGCAGCCCCAGAGCUCGACGAAUAUGAGUGCCUGGAUAUGCGGUACAUGCUCAGAUUGGCCUCGGAUGAGGAACUGGUGGCCAGACUUGGAGUAGAAGGUAUUCGGGAUGCUCUUCACAAGCUCGGUGGGCCCUAUCUACAAAUCAAGAGCAUCCGAUACAUACCCAAGCCUAGCUCUCCGGUCCUCGGCUCCGAUGGUCGAACGAUAUCCGAUCGCUGCGCAUCGCUAUUGAUGAUUGUCGGGUCCUACCAGGCCGAGUAUGAGAUUCGUAACAGCUCUUCACGAAUCAGCGAGGCCAUUUCGUUUUCAUCCAAUUGUUUUAUGCUUCAACGCAAGUAUCAAGUCCAAGUCGAGGAUUUCGACAAGGACGAGAACAGGGGAACGUUCCCUCACUGGACAACGUUUUUCAGGCAUUACACUCAACAAUCCGACAUUCAGGUCAGGGUUAGCUUCCAUAGGUUCCUCAUAGAGACCACCUCCCUCCAGACCGCCCUUCUCAUUUGCCGAAUGUCUAUCAAGAUAAGAUUCACGACGUUCAAAGCCAUACCAUUUCCGCAACAAGGUACCCCGAUGUUCUGUUACAAAUGCAACACGCCCGGUCACUUCAAGGAAGUCUGCGGGUAUGGCCAGUUUCGAUGUGGACGUUGCUCAGGACAACACAGCACUGCCAGUUGUCAGUCAGGUGACAAGCUCCGGUGUUGUAAUUGCAUGGGGCCCCAUGCAGCCUGGGAUCAUCGUUGCACAGACAAAGGAUCGCAGAGAGAGCACUCCAAGGCCAGCUACCAUCGCAAAGUUGGCCCUUUCUGGGCGCGCUGGGUGAAUUCCGAGGACCCGUCCUCAGCUUCGAAGAAACAGGCCAAUCCAGGGCCUGAAACCAGCGAGCAAGAGCCUCAGAAACGCCAAAGGGUAUCGGAAACUACUCUCACGAGCACGACUCCCUCCACGACAAGCGUAGCGAAAAAACAGGCAGCCCCCAAGAACCCGCGAGGCAGGCCUCCCAACUCCGCACGUGUAUGUAAGGAUCCACGGCAAACCUCGAUCCUGCAGUUCCAUACCCCAGUCACAGCUUCCACAGCCACUGUAAGCAAGCAGACUACAAACGAGCCACGCUCUGGCACGCCUGACACAUUGGGAGACACUGGUAUGGUGGACACAGAAUCCGGUGAUUCAUCGGAGGAAGACAUGAGUAUGAUGGACACAGAUGCUGCUAGUUCUCAUGAGAGCGCCGUGGCUCAAGGUCAUCACGGAAAUGGUGAUCCAGGUGCAGAAUCCCAGCCCACCGCCCGCACAGACAUGGAUGUGGCCGACUCCACGAUGGCCGAUUCCCAGGGGAGCGCAGAAUCCCAAGUUCCAGUCUCAGGGUCGGGUUCUGGUACAGCCAACGCUGAGAAGAAGAAGAAGAAGAAGAAGAACUGGUGGAACGGGAGAAAGAAGACCGGCAAGAAGGCUGCCCUGGCAAGGGACGAAACCCACGAACGGGCAGAAGGUAGUGAGGGUACCAAGCCUCAGGAGAAGAGCACUUCUGAGGCUAAAGUGCUCAAGGAUCAAACCCACUGUCCCGGAAACAACAACAACAAUAAUAACAACAACAUGAAGAAGAAGACGAAGGAGGGCAAGAGUAAGAAUAAGAAUGACGCAAAACGACAAGGUGGGGGGGCUGCUACCUCUCAGGGGAACAAGACUGGAUGUAACGGCGAACUUGACGCCAGCCUCGAUUCAAGCAACGGAGCGAAGGAGGUUGCUCAAGGAACUUUGACUCCCGGUGGCAAGACAGGGCCAGGCAAGGGCAAGGGUAAGGGCAAAGGCAAUGGCAAGGGCAAGGCUCGUAAGGGGGCCAAAAGCCCGGAGAAGGAUGUUGAUAUGGACAUUGAUACAGCGACGGCAAUAUGUUCUUUAUUAUAG